UCUUUUCUUCAUUCUGAUGCGUGCGGAGGCCUCGUUACGUCACAUAGGUGAAGUUUUGUCACAUUUCCUUUGGAUUACACAGAGUUGGGUUCUGUUUUGUUUUGUUAUUUUGGUUUGGGUGCAACUACGGAGUGAGGUGGGAUGUUUGUUGUAAAUUUGGUGAGUUUUAGGGUUUAGGGUUUAGAGGGUUACACCUAGGUGUUGUGGAGAAUUUUGGAGGUUGUGGGUCAUGGGGAAAUCGUCGAAGGACAAGCGGGAUAUCUAUUACCGCAAGGCGAAGGAGGAGGGAUGGAGAGCGCGGUCGGCAUUUAAGCUGCUUCAAAUUGAUGAAGAAUUCGGCAUUCUAGAGGGUGCAAAGCGUGUGGUGGAUCUCUGUGCGGCUCCUGGAAGUUGGUCGCAAGUUUUGAGCAGGAAGUUGUACCAGCCUGCCGUGGCGGCAGGUGAGCCUCAUCCUCUCAUCGUUGCCAUAGACCUACAGCCGAUGGCUCCCAUAGAUGGUGUCUUGCAAAUUCAAGGGGACAUUACGAGCGCCAAAACUGCGGAGCUUGUUAUCGGGCAUUUCGACGGAGGUAAGGCUGACCUCGUGGUUUGUGACGGAGCGCCGGAUGUGACUGGGCUGCACGACAUGGACGAAUUUGUGCAGUCGCAGCUUAUUCUUGCGGCCUUGACGAUUGUGACGCAUGUGCUUCGACCCGGGGGUAAUUUCGUUGCCAAAAUUUUCAGAGGGAAGGAUAUAAGUCUCCUGUAUACGCAAUUGAAAAUUUUCUUUCCGGUUGUGACAUGUGCGAAACCCAAGAGUAGUAGAAACUCCAGCAUUGAAGCGUUUGUGGUUUGCGAGGGCUACAAUCCGCCCGAGCAAUUUGAUUACAAGGAUUUGUAUAGGCUUUUAGAGAGAGCAAGCAGUAGGUCAUCUGAUAUGGACUGUUCAAGUGCAUGGCUUGAGGGUCCUAGUAAACUCAUCGUCCCCUUUUUAGCGUGUGGGGAUUUGAGUGGUUACGAUGCUGAUCAGUCUUACCCACUUGAUAGACCGCAAAGCUUAGCACCUGUGCAGCCUCCGAUUGCGCCUCCAUAUCGUACUGCUAUGGAACUUGAAGGCCAAUCACAUAAAGCUAAUUGAGUUUGGAAUGUAGGGCUUUGUUUCGGGGUUACUCCCAUCAGGAAAUUCAAAUCUUUGAAGAUUCAUUACUCAAAAUUUCCGGCCACUGCUCAAAUCAGUAGUAGUGUAUAUAGAGUGUGAACAUCAUAGACAUUCUGAUGCUAUCAUCCAUCAAAGCCCAUAUUUCGAUGUCUGAUUCCGAACCUAUUAAAGCAAUAGGCUCUGUUUAUGAGAUUCAU